AGUAAUUUUAUUUUUGAGUUUUGGCAUCUGGAAGCACCGGGUGGUGGUGGUAAGAGCUGAGACUUUUAUUAUACUCAUCAAGAUCAGUCAGUCUUCAAUGUUUAAAUUUUAGUGGUUUUCAAUACUAUUUACGAAUUAUUAAACUGUUAAACAAUUAUAAUCAGCAGUUUUCAAGACGUGAUUUACAUUUUUUUACACCUCUUAUUCGCGGCUUUUGCGACAUCCGGUUGCUACUUCAUAUAUACAAACUGUUUGUACGAGAAGACCGCAAUAUGGCUCUAACUAACAUUGAAAAGGAAUAUGAAGAUUUUGUAAAGAACAACUCAUGGCUGCUAAUAUAUUACAAAAUUUGCAGAGAAGGUCAGCCACAAUAUUUGUCUGCUUUAGAAGCUAAAAAGCCUCGUAAUAAGCACUUAAAUAGGUACAGAGACGUCAGUCCCUACGACCAUACACGUGUUAAAUUAAACCGAAUUGAAAGGGAUUACAUCAAUGCCAACUUUGUAAAUAUACCAUCGGCUAAAAGAUCUUAUAUUCUAACCCAAGGACCAUUAGCUGCCACUAUGGGACAUUUUUGGCUCAUGGUAUGGGAGCAAUGUAGUACUGGCAUAGUCAUGUUAAACAAAUUGAUUGAAAAUAAGGAGACAAAGUGUCACCAGUACUGGCCCGGCGAAGAGGGAUUAGAGUCUAUUUAUGAAGAUGUUCAGUUGGCUGUCACCCUUAUUAGUGAACAAAAUAAAAAUUACUACAUACUCAGAAAAUUUAAACUUCAAGAUUUGGAAAGCAAAGAAACACGCGAUGUCUUACAAUUCCACUACAUAACGUGGCCCGACUUUAAAGUACCAAAAUCACCGACUCAAUUUUUAGAUUUUUUAAAUGAUGUUUGGUCUUCUGGAAUUUUGGAGUCCAGUGGACCACCAAUUAUACACUGUAGUGCAGGAAUCGGUCGAUCCGGUACUUUUUGUCUUGUGGACUCUACUCUUUUUAGUAUGGAGAGUCAAGGAGUUGACAAUGUAGACCCUAAGGAAAUAAUGAAAAUCAUGCGGACACAGCGAAUGGGCUUAAUUCAAAAUACUGAUCAAUUUCGUUUCUGUUAUCUGGCGAUCAUAGAAGGCGUCAAGAGAUUUGAUCCUAAUUACAAAAAGGCGCCUAUAGAGGAGAUAAAUUCUGAGGUUGAUGAUACAUCAUCAGAAACUUUAAAUCUCGAUCCAUCAUGUGCACCACCUUUGCCACCACGGGGAGCAAGUCUCGAAACUAGUCCGUGUUUUGGUCCACUGCCACCAGUUCCAGUGGACUCUAACCAAGAUGAUUUGUACAGUUCCAGUGACAGCUCUGAAUUUAGUUCCCCACUUCAAUCACCAUUACGAUUCGGAGACAUCAAAGACAAGGAAAAGGAUGAAUCAGACGACCUGCUCACAGAAACAAGACAAGAUGGCCCGACAUUAAGAGCAAAGGCUAGGACACAAAACAUGGAACGACCUCUACGCCAACUAUUAACACCAGAACCGGAGAAGAAACCAAAAAAACCGAAAUGGCUGCCAAUGUCAAUCAUUAUUGCAUUAGGGAUCGUCGUAAUUGGAUUUAUUUACGUAUACUAUUAACCUGUUAGUUAAGUUAGUCGUUAAGUUAGUUGAUAAUUUGUGCAAUUAACAUCUAUAUCAUGCAAGUAACACAGUUUUGAGACUAAUGUUAUAUGUUUGUGUCAUAAGUAAAUUUAUAUAUUUCAGUAGAAGACUCAAUUGUGAAUGCGUCUGUGAUUGGCUACUCAAUUGACGAGGGGUGAAGUGGGGCUCUUAUUGUCAAAUUGUAUGCCUAUUUUUACUUUCACAAAUUCUAACCGUGUGCGCUUGAGUCUAUAAAAUUAUUUAAUAACAAUGUUUGGAUGACUAUAAGAGGAAAUCCUGCAUAUAUCAAAUACAUUGUAGUCACUGCCAUUUAUAUGGAUAUCAUAUCUGAUCUACAACUGUUAUUUUGGUAAGGAUUUGAUAAUAUGCAGGUUAUUUAAUUUUGUAAUACACACUAAAGUGUCUAUUACAAAGGUUUUUGAUUAGUGCGGCGUGUCCGUGUAUUGAUUACAAAUCAUAUACACACUUAGAAGGAAAGAUCUUUUUUAUAUAAUUACUGUCUAACUAUUACAAUACUUAUAUUUUAUUUUCACAUACGCGCCCUAAAUGUUUAUAAGUUGCAGGCUGGUACGAAUGCGCGUCGUAUGUAAACAUCGGUCUCUUAUAAUGCAUUAGGUCUUUAGGUAUGACAAGCCCACCGCUAACUAUAACGCCAACGUAUGGACCUAAUAUGUUAUGAAAUAUCCACUUUUUUCUUUCUUAUAUUCUUUACAUUCCCACGAAACGUAUCUUUAGUUUUUGUAUAUUUUUCAAAAUAUAAGUUCGGUUACAAGAUACUAUGUAACUAAAAGAUUACUAUACAUUGUUAUCGAAUUUAUCAACUUUUUCUAACAAAGGCAUGUAACACAUAUCGAUUUCAAUUAUAUUUUGUAGAACGUUGUAACGUAGUUCAUAUAAAUUUUACAUAUCUUUUUCAUUCAAGCGGAAGCGGGUUGUGUAUUUAUCUGCUGUCUCCUGUUGUAUAGCAGUUUGGCAAUCAAAGGUUCUACUUUACAACCCUCGAAUAAAUCGCCUCUACGUAAUAUGUGUGAUCUGGCUUAAUAUUGUAAGAACGUCAACUUACAAUACAAUAAGUUAGUCAUUUGCAUGCCUUUUGUACUGAAAACAUAAAAUAAAUAGUAUUAAAUCGUA